UUCCAGCUCAAAAAAAAAAAACAGCUCGAGUAAUGCCGGUAUUUCACCCGCCCCACGUCACCUACGAAUAUCUAUGCUAUGCAAUACACGGAACCACUAUAUAUCGCUAUGAAAGGGAUAUAAUUUUCUCCGAGAAGCCUUCUUCCCCCAGAAGUUUACUUAACAAGCAGCCUUCCUCCGGGUCGUUCUGGGAUAAAAUUGCGAUAGCCCUCUACAUUUAAGGCCGUCAUUGACAGAGGCUAUCAAACGAAGUGAACGAUAAAUCUCCCCAUCACCCUCCUCACGUACUUGCCCUCAUCCGCUCCUUUAUUUUUUCUCUUCCUCCUCCUACUUAACUACAAGCCAUGCCAUCCCUCGAUUUCAUAAAAGCCCCUUCUCACACGACCGGCGAGAACCUAGCGGAUAGCUUCUGUCUGAUAGAGCAUCACGAGCUCCUAGACGAGAGCGACGGCUUCCAGGAAAUACGGCGUGACGGGCGCCCGUGCGCAGGGAGCUUUGAAUCGGAUGACGAGAGCUCGUCCUCUGAAGAGGACGAAUGUUUGUUAAGAGCUGUGGAAGGAGAGGGAGAAGAAGAUGUAGGUUUCCUUCACCGCUCUGGUUUGGGAGGCGUGACGCAUCUGAUGUCGGAGGCUGUAAAAGUCAUCUUUUACCUUGGUAGUAAGAGAUGUGAGGCCGCGUGUGCGCGGCCAUGUGCCCAUGCAUGGGCGGGAACGAGGCAGUGAGGGGGAGAACCCAGGCAGGACGGAUUACAAGCGCGGUGGGAAGCCGGUGCUUGUUUCUAUGGAUGGGGGGAAAGCGGAGCGUGCGGUGAGCUCAGGUAGCUUUCGAGGAGGAAUAGAAGAGAAGGAUAUAUCCCCAAAACUCUACCCCAAACCCGAAUCCCAACCCGAGCCCGAGAUUCAUCUGACCGAGCCUACUACUCUCGAGUUGCAAAAACCCUACCGGAAACCGCGUGGCACUAUGGAAUACAGGAUCUGGACCGACAAAAACGGUCAAUACAGACAAGAGAUGAUACUCCUCGGCUGCAAGAACGAUCAUGUACUUUUAUUAAAGCGUAAUGGCGUAAGGCUUAAUAUCCUUAAGACAGACCUAUCCCCUCAGGACCAAGAAUUCGUUACCCAGGCGAUGGAAUGGCCCGUUGCAACUCCUCCGAAAGAACUCCCUCUGAAUGCCGAAACAUCGGCGCCCCCAUCCAUUUACUCCGAUAAACCGAAGCCGGAUCCCAGUAAGAUCCGGGGUUGGCUAGAUGUCACCGGCAAAUACGGUGUUGACGCCCAGCUGGUGGGGUUCCGGAAGGGCAAGAUUGUGCUGCAUAAGACCAAUGGUGUUAAGGUUGGGGUCAUUCCCCAUCAGAUGGCUAAGGAUGAUUUGGCGUUUGCCGAGAAGGAGCUCGGGAUGGUGCUGACGGGGUCUGUGAAGGAGAAAAAAGGAAAAGUGAUUGUUUGAAUGGUUAUAGCCGCGCACGAUUGUUAUUUAUUUGUCUGCUCAUCUUCUUCUCCCCUUCCUUCGUUGCUUCCCCUCCUUCCUCUCAUCCCUUUUUUUUUCCUUUGUGAGGUGUUUUUGGCACUGCAUCUCGGCAUUGGUGUUUAGAGGGCUCCUAUUUUAACAGUAAAUGGUCUUUCCCCUUACCGCACAGUAUAUAAAAGCUCCACUUUUUUUUAUUCUUUUUUUUUUUAAUGCCUCGGCUUCCACAAGUAUAUAUCAUAUUAUGUGUUAACAAUGGGGUUUAUUAUGGUCCUCUUUCAUUUUUUUCAUUACCUUUCAUUGGAGGAAGGAGGGUGAUUGAGCACCAUCGUGCGCUGCCCCGCACCGUAGCACAAGUACUCGAGGCCCAACUACCGGUAGCAGGGAAGGCCAACGCUCCAGAGCGAGAGCCAUUGCCUGGUCUCGAAUCACAUACGGCCUGGGUUUUACGGAUGACUUCAUAGUGGCAUGCAGGUUCAAUCAUUCCCGGGUAUCGAUUGAUCGAGCGUGUUUCGUGAAUUACUAUCGGGGAUCUGUGGUCCAGAGGAGGAAUUACUGGUACGAAGAAGGCGGAGGAUUGGAUUAUGGGUCUAUAGCACAGCCAAGUUGUCGACUUCAACAUCCGAAAGGGUUGUAGGAAUAGGUAACCCAACCAGAGAGAUAGUGGAAGGGAGAUUCCAAGGUGAAUUCGAUUGAGGAAUGCGAUAAAGGCUAUACCGGCACUUUUUUAUCAAUUGCAUAGUAAAGGCGUUAGGAGUCCGGGACGCAUAGAAUUACAUGAGCACAGGUUUCUUCAAGUCCUACUUUGGUGAAAUGUCAUGGGUUCGAAGACUGAAGUCACAGGUCGAUAGUGGGGGUGAUCGAUACAGGAGGC